ACCGGCGUGGUCACGUGACCGAGUACAGGUCGGAGCAUCUGCCGGUAUAAAUGGUAUGCGGACGCGUUUAGGUUUUCAGUUGUUGUGGAGGAAAAUGUGUGAGAAGAUGUGGAGGUGCCUUAUCCUGAUUGUGCUGGCCACUCCCGGUCUGGCCAUGGAGUACAAAUACCCUCCGCCAGAGCAGCCGCUGGUCCUGCCGACCCCUCCGCUCCCGGGCAGCGUCGAACAGACACCGGCACCAACUGAGGGGCCGCCAGCAGCCACUGGGGGAUCUUCGGCACCCACAGAGGGCCCGCCAGCACCCAGUGAGGGACCUUCCGCACCCACAGAGGGACCUUCACCACCCUCUGAGGGACCUUCAGCACCCAGUGAGGGCCCGCCAGCACCCAGUGGAAGUGGACCCACCCCGACUGGGGGACAGACGUCCCCAACAGAGGAGCAGUCGACUCCUACCGAGGCCACAAAGUACCAGUACCCGCGACCGGACCAGCCGCUGGUCCUACCGAGUCCAACGCGACCGGACGACGCCGAGGGUCCUGGUACUGAGGGGCUGACAGCAGCCACGGAAGGAGGUCCAGGGGAGACUGGGGUGCAGCCGUCACCAGCUGAGGGGCAACCGACAGCCAGCGAGGGACAGUCAACAGACACUGAAAACGUCCCUUCCCCGACUGGCCCUCUUUCCCCGACCCCGGCCGGCCCUCCAGCCCCAUCUGGUCCCGAAGCCCCAACCAACUCUAACGCUCCCGCAAACCCGCAGGCUCCUUCGCCCAGCGAUCCGAAGCUGCCCUCCCCCGGCGACGCCUCCCCGAUGCCCCCGGUCGAAUCGAUAACCCCACCUCCAGUCGGGCCCGACUCGAGCAGCAAGCCCACGUCAUCGGGGAACACCGAGCGACCUCCGCUGGAUUCCGGGGACCAGGAAGGCCCGCAGUCGCCGUCGCCGCCGAGCGGGGGUGACCCCGGCACAGAGCACGGCCACCACGGCGGUUCAACGGACCCCCUCCAGUGGCUGAGGGAGGCCGUGCCGGGGGAGCCCGGCGUCGACUACCCCAUCUUCAGUGCCGUGCCGCCCACCGCCUUCAGCUGUGACGACAGAACAGCAGGCUACUACGCUGACGUGGAGGCGCGCUGCCAGUCGUUCCACGUGUGCAGCCCCCCGUCCGGUGGAGUCUCCUCCAAGCACUCCUUCCUCUGUCCGAACGGGACGGUGUUCAACCAGCGCGGCUUCGCCUGCCAGUGGUGGCAUGAUGUUGACUGUGAGUCGUCUGAGGAGUUCUACGACAAGAACGAGGCCAUUGGAGUGGUGCCGGAACGGCCUGCCGGGCCGCCAGCGCCGGCGUCAUCGACGUCAUCGGCACCGUCAUCGACGUCAUCACCGGCGUCAUCUGGAUCGGCACCGUCACCGCCAUCUCCGAUGUCACCACCGCCAUCGGCGUCAAUGGAGACGGAACAGUCAGCUCAGCCGCCGAGGACCCCGGCGGAAAUGUCAUCAGUUGUGCAGCAGCCUUCAGUGCCAUCGGAAACUUUGGGGGAGACGGAGCCAGCGGAGUCGGCAGAAACUUCACAAACAGCACAGCCAGCACAGCCAGCAGAGUCCGCACAGCCACCUCAGACGGCACAAACGGCACAGCCAGCACAGCCUGCUCCACCAGCACAGCCAGCAGAGUCCGCACAGCCACCUCAGACGGCACAAACGGCACAGACGGCACAGCCACCUCAAACGGCACAAACGGCACAGCCAGCACAACCUGCUCAACCAGCACAGCCAGCACAGCCAGCAGAGUCCGCACAGCCACCUCAGACGGCACAAACGGCACAGCCAGCACAGCCAGCAGAGUCCGCACAGCCACCUCAGACGGCACAAACGGCACAGCCAGCACAGCCAGCAGAGUCCGCACAGCCACCUCAGACAGCACAAACGGCACAGACGGCACAGCCUGCUCCACCAGCACAGCCUGCACAGUCAGCACAGCAGCCUCAGACUAUACCAGACCAGAGCGCUAUUGCAUAAAACUUACGACACCGGAUAUUUUACGAAUUGUCUUAGAAUCGUACUUAUUCUACGCCAAUCUGUUUCACAAAGGUCUUGAAAAUAGUACGGAGAGCAAGGAAUUUACUCCAGCACGUGACGUAACUUUUGGGGGUUUCUGUUGCAUAUAAGUUAAGAUUUAAGAAAAAGUAGUUCGCCGAAACGCGCAGAAAAUGUCGCAGAUGCGCCAAAUGUGUAAAAAUCGUAAAAUAUUCUACUGAGGGGGUGGGCUUCUUAGAUUUUAGCCGAAAGUCGGCUAUUGCAGCUGUUUGACGCCGAAUUCCAACUUUUUGAGUCCUUAUACAGUUAUGAAUGCAUAUGAAGGUAACUCCUUAACACACUGAUGCUUUCUUAUCCUCGAACAAUUUAUAGAAAGACUGCAACCGCACCUCUCAUUUCUCAACCAAUGCGAAAGCAUGAUAUAAGCAUGGUCGUACCCGACAAUUGUACUACAACGGUGGUGACUGACGUUAGACCACGCUCGUAGCUCGUUUGAGGAACUGCAGACGCAUUAGUCAUCAAACAUAUCAGUCGUGU